GUGUGGGAUUUUUGACACAGGGAGCCAGGUAUAUGAGUUUGGUGGUGCCCAGGGACAGUCUGCCAUUACCUGUAUGACCUUUGACCCCAAAGGAAGGAGGUAUGUGAAGCUAUUUUUUAUGAAUGAUUAUUGCAAUGUGAUAUUUUCCCAUAAGUGCAGUGUGACCAUACUACUGCCUACCUAAUGGACACUCAGAGUAAUUACGAAAAUGAAUAGUGAUGAAGAGUGUACACCGUUGAUGGUGUUUUGUUUGUAUUUGUGUGUUUGUAUUGUGGCGUUUGCCUUAUUUUGUUCAAAAUAAAACUAAAAAAAUAAAUGUAUUUCAAUAAAUGUUGGAAAGAAAGAAAUACGAUUAAACUUCCUCAUUAUAGACUGGUCACUGGGGGGAGAGAUGGCUUUCUAAAGAUCUGGAACUUUAACAAUGGUCAGUGUCUGAAGAUACUUAAAAGGGGGUGAGUACAUUCUAAUUCAUAUCCCACAGUAUAAAGGUGGUAUUAGGAGAAUUGCAGUGUUCAGUUUUUUUUUUCUUCUCUCUGUUAUAUGCUGCAUGAGGUGAUUCGGUAACACUUUACUGUAGCCCCCCUUAUGUAUGCAUUCAUAAAGCCGUUAUUACAGCUACAUAAGACAUAACAUCCGUCAUAGACAGUCAUUAACAUUAUGAACAUCGGCAUAAGACAUUAUAAAGGUAACUAUAAUUGGCAUUAUAGAUGACAGGCUAAUUUGUUGUUAUCCCUUAUGUCAACUGCCUCCAUAACACAGGCUACAUAACCACUAAUGUGCUAUAGUAAUUUCACAUUAACAUGUUACACAGAUGGGGAGUGCAACGUGGUGUGUGAUUGCAGCUACCUGACAGUCCACAGAAACACGUGAGUAGAACUAAUGAUGGAUGUGGCAACUGUUGAUUUGAGAGGAAUAAUGAUUCAUCUUAACCUCGUGCAAUUCAUUUUUCCAGGUGUGUGAUGUCUGUUGGAUGGGACCGCAGGAUUGACAUCUGCUCUGUGAGUAUAGAGGUGAAGAAGGACUAUCUCUAUGAGCCAGAAAGGACACAUUUUCUCUAUGAGAAUGAUUUCACUAUUGGAUUCUAUACAUUUACUGACUCCAAUGACCCGUCUUCCCCUUAGAACCUAUUCAACUUUAUUGCCUUGAGAUCCCAUUUCCAUUUUCAUUACCUUCUGCAUUCGCCUCGCCAGAGCAGAGACUGCCUGAGGGUCUGCACCGGUAGCCAUGCCAAAUUCAAAGCGUUUUAAGAUUAUGACUUCACAAAACACAUGAGACAAUCUUUGAAAACCCUUCAAGAGUAUAUUCAGAGAGUAUAUUAUCAGCGAGGAAUAUAAACGUCCUAAUAAGCUUGCCUUCCUCUUCAAAAUGUAUUACGUAUGUAUGGCAGUCUUUGAGUGUUUCCUUGAUUACCAAUUUACCAUGUAGCCUAUCUAACCUCGCGAUCACAUCUGUUUGAAAAAUACCUCUUCUUCUACACUAUUCUUCAGCAUAAGCGACUCGUAAGCAUUAAAGGAAGAUAACCAACUCAGAGGUCUAGGCGAUAGGUUCUAAAGAAUGUACUUUCUAUAGAAUUCCAUAUUCCAUAGCACAUCAGUGACACUCCCAUCCUUCCAGACCUGUAGUAACAAAGGUAUACAUGGGCCUCAGUGGCGGUCAGUGCCGUUUAAGAUUAGAGAGGACCAUUUUUUUUACCAUUACAGCAUAUUGGAUGACUUUCAUUCAUAUUCCAUUCACCCAGUUCAAUGUAACACUGAUAGGUUUAGGCUACUACAUGAUGCUUGAAUUUUCCCUAUACCCAUCAUGAGGAUGCUACAACCUAGCCUAUGAAUGAAAGUUUACAACACAGGUGCACACAUUUCGAGAGAAGAAUUUGAGGUAUAGGGUGUAAUCAUUAGUCCAACAGUUGCAAACAAGAGUUUCUAUUGGACAAAUUCAGGUAUGUUCUGUUUGCUUCCAUUUAAGAAACGUUUUUCAACAGAAUUGGCAGAAUACAUACACCCCUGAUCACGCGUAAACACAGUUCACUUUCAUAGCAGCCACUUUGUAUUCCUUCUUGCAUCUAUGUGCUCACCUUUUCUCUUCUCUUGUGGACUUCAAUACACAACACAUCAGCUGUAUGUGACCAGGCGAAAAAACCUUUCCAAGCCAAACCAUAUCAUAACCGCUACACACAGCCUACAUCGUUGUCACCAUAUUAGCUAAAGUAACGUCAUAGUCUACAUAGCUAAUAUAAUGUAAUGUUACAGUGUGCAGUCAGUAAGCAGUUUAGCACUUACACCGGCGGGCCCUGGUGGCAAUAAAUUAGUAAAACUACAAGCUUACCUUGACUUGGAAGAGUUCCAGUGUUGUGUUGGAUAGUCAUAGCCAGCAUCCCUCUGUUUGAACAGGGUGUUUGAGUAGGCUAAACUAGCUAGCUGCAUUUGCUAGCUAAGUAAGUGAAACUGAAAGUAAAAAAAAAGAAAUCUCUCUCUCUCUCUUGCUUCUCCUUCAUUUUUGAAGAAAUUAAUUUGUUAAAAAAAGUUCAAUUAUUGUCUUUCUCUCUCGUUGACUCACCUAUGUUAUGCACUGCAGCGCUAGCUAGCUGUAGCGUAUGCUUUCAGUACUAGAUUAAUUCUCUAAUCCUGUGAUUGGGUGGACAACAUGUUCAUGCUGCAAGAGCGCUGAUAAGUUGGAGGACGUCCUCCGGAAGUUGUCAUAAUUACUAUGUAAAUCUAUGGAAGGGGGUGAGAACCAUGAGCCUCCUAGGUUUUGUAUUGAAGUCAAUGUACCCAGAGGAGGACGGAAGCUAGCUGUCCUCCGGCUACACCAUGGUGCUACCUUACAGAGUGCUGUGGAGGCUACUGUAGACCUUCAUGGCAUAAUAGUGUGUUUUAAUAAAUUAUUUGUUGACGCGAUUAUAUUUAGUAUAGUUUUAUCUAAAAAAUGAUAAAUGUUUAAAUGUUUUAAAUGUUUUAUGAAAUUCACUGAGGAGGAUGGUCCUCCCCUUCCUCCUCUGAGGAGCCUCCACUGAUGGACCUGUCCACAGUGCUGUAAUUUCUCCCACAGAGCCCUCCAAUCCAACUUUGAUUCUGAGAGCAUCGAGAACAUCAUACCUUUUCAAAGACUGUUCUGUCCUUCUCCAUAAGUACCCUCUGUACCCACUGUUUGAUAAAAUAACAAAUACCACGGGACUAUGAGGCAUAGUAAUCUCGUUCCCAGCCACUUCCAUCCACAUUGCCUGGGGACGAGGUCAGAGGCACAGAGAACAGAGCCACUUUACGAAGUCACAAAAAGGGCAUUAGAGGGAUCCAGUUAGAAAUACACACAUGCUUCUCUCAUUUGUAGACUUCAACAAUAGACUGCUGGUUAAAGAUCCUUGUUUCAAAAUGUUGACUGCAUGCCCUGUAUGUUUCCAUGCUAGGAUUCACCAGAAGAGCCUCACUACGUCCAGAAGCCUCAGACCUCAUGGCAAGACGAUCUGGUGAAUAAGAAAUGAAUGAGGAACAUGAAUAGGGAACUAGACAUGCAAUGCCAAUCAGAAUAUAUAGGGCUAAUCUGAGUGCCUAUGUCAGGGGCCGUAUUAAGUAGCUGAGAGUAGGAGUGCUGAUCUAGAAUCAGGCCCUCCCUGUCCAUAUAAUCGUAUUCAUUGUUAUCUAAAAGGCUAAACUGAUCCUAAAUCAGCACUCCUACUUUACGACCCCAGUUGUCGGCCCCAGUUGUCUUUGAUAUACUACUGCAGGUCAUGCAUGGGGAGCUCCGGUCCAUGAGGGUUUUCUCCUUUGCUUGGUACCUAAUUCAUCCAUCAUGCCACUGACUCAUCCGUCAUGCUACUGAUUCAUCCAUCAUGUCACUGAGUAGUACACACUUCGGUUCUAAGGUCUAAUGAUUUAAAUUAGACACUGAUUUGAAAGAAAGCACCAAAAACCUGCAGACACUCAGGCUCAGAGGACUGCCCAUUCCUGCUGUCGAUCAUUCAAGCUCUUGUUGGCCAGUGAUGUAGAGCUGGCGGGGACGAAUAAAUAUAAAUAGAAUAUAAUAUAAUAAAAUAAAAUGCAAUACAACAGAAUUAUAGAAUAGAUAGAAUAGAAUUAUAGAAUGGACUACAAUUUAAUAGAAUUAUAGAAUUGAAUAGUCUUCCUGUACUGUCCCGAGAGGAGGGGCAACAUAGUGGACAUCCUGUGUGUUGCACAGUGUCCCCCCAUCCCUCCUUGCCACCAGAAGCUA